CCUUAUUUAAAAUUUUGCCAUGUCCAGUGGUUCGCAACAAGUUCUGACAGUUUACAUUUGUAAAGUUUAAAUAGCAGUUAGAAGGCUUGCACUCUGGUAUAAAAUGGAAGAAGUCCAGAAAAAUGGAGAAACCACAAACAAACCUCAACUUUCACAUAAAGAUAUCAGCAGAGAUAGAAAACAAAACAAAAACACAGAGAAUUCUGUCUCCUGUCUAUGUGAAGGUGAUUCUGGUUCCAAGCUCUUGUUUCGGUGUGGAACAUGCAAAAGAAAGUUUAAAACAUUAUGUUUCCUCCACAAACAUUUGAUGUCUCAUCUGAGAUCUACAGGGUCUUAUCAUUAUGAUGAUGUAUUGAAAACAGCAUUUCCAAAGUAUGAAAGUUGUUGCAGCUCUACACAAACUGAAAUGUUCUUUGAAAAUUUGAAAAGAGAGUUUCCUGAUGAUGAUAUCAUAUCUAGCCAAACAAAUGAUGUUAAAGAUUCUGCUCUUGAUCAAGUAGAUAUGGAUGUUGAAAGUGAUGAUUCAUUUGCAAACUCUGGGGAUUGCUUUGAAUCCGUUUAUUCUGAUGUGGUUAAGGUAGAUAGAAUAUCAAAGAAAGGUCUGCAAAAUAGUCUAAGCAAUAAAAAAGCUCCUGACCAUUUAAAUGGUUCUAAACAAGUGCUAGAAGCCUGUGAUGAAGACAGCUGUAGUACUUUAAUCAUUGAGCCUGUCACAUUGAACAAAAGAGAUGUAAAUGUGCAUGUGAACACUGCAAGAACCAAAGGGAAUAAAACCAUUGCAAAUGGAAGCCAUAACUCCCCAAAAAGACUGAUUAGCAAGAACAAAUUCAUCUGUGACCAAUGUAAAGUAAUGUUUCGAAAUAAGAAAGAACUUCUGAAGCACGAAAGUAAAACCCAUAGCAAUGAGCUUAAAUUCAACUGUGAUAAAUGCAAAGAUGCUUUCAUCCGAGUAGUUGAUUACAAAAAGCAUAAGUCAAGGGCUCAUUCCCCAGCUAAAAACAUCCAAAAAGACAAGAGAGCUCCAAGUGGUCCAGUGGAUGAUAUUGAAGUUAAAAAUGAAAAAUCUGUGAUAAUAAAAAGGGAGGAAACUCCAGGAACUAAAUCUAAAAUUAGAAAAAGAAAGUGUGAAGGAGCAAAAAUAAAGAAGCCAAAAGAGAGUGGUCAACAGGAAGGAAAUAACCCUCAUACUUGCGAGUUAUGUGGAUAUGUAAUGCCUCGAUCCAAGGUGGCUGUACACAUGAGACUUCAUUCAGGAGAUCGUCCGUACAAGUGUGAGCAGUGUGGUAAGGGACUGAUCAGCUCCAGCAAGCUCCAAAGACACAUGCUCAUACACGACGAGAAAAAGAAGCAUGCGUGUGACAUCUGUGGGGCGGGAUUCACCAUGAAGUACAAGCUGAGGAUGCAUAUGCACAUACACACAGGAAAGAAGCCAUACCUGUGUUCUAUCUGUGGGGCUGAGUUUAACCACAGUGCCAACCUGGCCACACAUACUCGCUGUGUCCACCUGCAGGUUAAGCCAUUUCAUUGUGAGAUAUGUGGGGGUAGUUAUGCAAAGAGAUCACAGUUAGAUGAACAUGUGCUCAGCCACUCAUCUGAGAAACACCACACUUGCAGAUACUGUGGGAAGUCAUUCAAGUACCUGAAAGGCCUUAGACGACAUGAGAAAAACCACUCUGAUGAUGCAGGGAGUUUAAAAUGUGACGACUGUGGAACAAAGUUUACCAGAAAAGACACACUUGACCGCCAUCGCUUGAUCCACUCCAAGGAAACCAUGCUGCAUUGUCCAACAUGUCAAAUCACCUUUGAAAACAAUGACGAAUUUAAGGAGCAUAUUGAUUCCCAUGUGGAAAAAAUCCAAUAUGAGUGUAUACUUUGCAAGCAGAAAUUCAAAGUCCCUGGGAAGUAUUACACCCAUAUGCUGGCCAUCCAUAACAUAAGUAAAGAGCUAGCUAGGCAGGUACAUUCAGAUGUAAAAGAUGGUCAAUUUUCCCAGAAAGUGGCGGAGCUUAUUGCUAAAGCGGCAUCCCCAGCCGAUCCAAAUCUUCCUCUUCAUUCUGAAGAUAACGUCUCAUUCACAUCAAAAUCAUCAUCGGUUCCUUGUUACAAUGUAAACCAAGUAGUCUCAAACAUUAUUGAAGAAAAUAAGGCAUCUCUGAAUGCCCUUACACGAGCUGCCACAGAAAAUCUUCGCCUUCAUAGCCAGGAUGUGAGAGAAGAGGAAAAAAAUAUUCCCCUUGUGCCUCCAAUCAACCCACUGGUUUUGUUUGAAAAAUCAAACAAUUUACUGCCACUUGACCAUUAUGGAAUUGAUGGAAAGUCACAAGGUCAAAGAGCCCAUCCUAUGAAUAUUACUGACCAUAACUAUGGUCAGUCACUAAAUAGUUUGGACCAAAGUAUUCAUACUGUGCACAGUGGAAUGCAGCAUUCUGAUUUAAAUGUGGGCCAUCUUCAGUCCUUGAAUUUACCAGAUAACUUCAGUUUAGGACCUCAUAAUUCCCUCACAUGUCAUGGGGUAGGGCAUCCAUUCAUGGCAAGGAACAUGGUGAACUUUGAACAAGUUUCUGACCAGCAUUCAGUCGAGCAAGGAGCUAUAGAAAGUUUGAGAAGACUGCAGGAGAGCAGUAAUCCGCCAUUGUCUGUUGCCAUGGCAACAAGCUCUGGAAUGAUGUCAGUGUCACAAGGUCAAGGUCAUAUUCAGUCUGCCCAGGUAGCAGACAACAGUUCUGCAACUAACUAUCGACUACAGAAUCUUUUCUGAUAAACCAUUUAUUAAACCAUUCUGUUAAGUGCUUAUAAAGUUAAUGUGAUACCCGUCCAUCUUUACAUGCAUAUGCUUGUAUAGAUUUAUGCUAACCUGUUUACAUUCUAUGCCAUAUUUUAACAGUGCAUAUGAAAUUAAUGAUAUUCUUAUAAUAAUAAUUAAAAAGUUAUAAGCGUAGCUCUCUGAAAUAUGGCUUAAACAUAUUAUGGAUGCUUUAUAAAUGGCCAUCGAAUUGAUAUUUGAAUUGAUUUUAGAUUAACCGUUCUUACUUUGAGAAAAUAUUUGUUGCUAUAUAACUUGAGUUAGAAUUAACAUAAUUUGUGAAUUUAUUUAAUCACGUUCAUUAUUGUGCAAACAAUAAAUUAAGCAGAGCACUGGUAUUUAUUAUCAAAUAAUGAUAGUGAGUUAAUUUUGGGACCAUGCCCAAGUGGUCAAGCUUGACUGUUGUGUAAAUUAAUUCCAUUAAUGUUUAUAUAAUAAUUAGUAGGUUUAUGUCACGUGCUGACAAAAACUUUUAAAAGUAUUUUUUUUACAAUCAUGAUAUAAAUC